AUGCCACACUUCGAUAGUCAAUCGCCUCGAACGAAGAGGAGAAAGCUCGAUAAUGGCCAGCCAGACAAAAGCGCAGCAAUAACUUCGCACACACAGCUGCGCAACCUGCUGGUAUUCCAGCAGAACGCCGCUGAGGUCAAACAAGGCAUCAAUACAUUCAAAGAAUUUCUCCUGUCAAUUAACCAGACACAGGACGGGAAUGAGAAAACGAAGAGACUCGAUGUGCUCAAAGCCUUCUGUGACUCGCAAAUUUCCCGCACUGGGGGAGAAGACGAUGUAGCCGUGUGCUUCCCCGAUUUGAUCCAGACAUGGAACUUCGCAGACAGCAACAACAAUGAAUCUCUUCUGACGGUCGUUCCAUCUGUCCUGGCUAUCUUCCUCAAAACCGUGUCGAGCCAUCUGGAAUUCCGCGAGUUUGGACUUGCGCUAUGCAAAUAUCUACUCGAGAAGGAGCAGCUCAAACUCUUCAACCGUGGCAUGACAGCGGUGAAGUCCAAGGAACAUUUGAUCUCUCCCUGUCUUCGUUUACUCACGGAGAUUGUCAGUUUUGACGGGGGCGCGGCAGCUCGUCAAGUUUACUCCAGACGCCACACCACCUUCAAGCGCCUUGAGGUGUUCCUGACUCCCAACAAGGCGCAGCUGGAGAAUGCGGAAGAUGACUCGUCUAAAUCUACUCUUCGACGAAAUGCCCAGCGAUAUGUUCUUGCCAAUCUGAGGUUCCAGCAAGCGUCAGCAAAGAAUGACAUACUCGAACAGCACAAGAUGAUCAGAGCAUUAUUCGAGUAUGUGAGGAAGGAUUCCCGCGACAUUGUCCUGGAUAUUAUCAGGGCUUCUGAGAGAGAUGUUGCUCAAGACGCUUCCCUAUCUAGGCAGGCUAAGACGAAAUUUUUCAGUCGAUGGAACCUGGAGAGACUUGUGACGCUCUAUGGAUAUCCUGAGGAAAAUUCGGAAGAAAUGUCCAUUCCGGAUGCAGUGCACAAAGUUCUGAUGACUGUCUGCACAAAGCCUGAGCUUGGUGUUCUCUUGCCGGAGUCUGGCUGGUAUCCCAAUGGGAGUGACCCCGAGUCAGUACCGACCGAGGACGAUGCCUGCAUUGAACUUGGGCUAGAUUCCGCUGUGCAUGUCGACAAGUACAGAGAGUCCGUGCCAGUUCGAAAUGGCACACUUUCAUAUCUUAUCCAGACGCUUCGACCAGACGUGAACAGCUCUCAGAUUCAACUGCUGGUCGCCAUUUUCAAGGUCGCGCCUGAAUUAAUCGCUGAUUAUUUCACCAAGAAGACCAUGUUCAUUGCAGAUCCGAAGCCUACGCCUUCUUGGAUGGCUGAAUCAGCAUUGCUCUUCUCGACGGUCCAGUUACGCGUUCCGGCAAACUGCGGCUGGAAGGAUAAGUUGCCGGCCAUGCCGCCACCGGUCUCUGUUGUUAUCGAGAACAUCCUCCCGCGCCCUCUCACGCAGAAAAUCUUGACUCGUUGUAUUAACCAGAAUGCUGAGAUUGUGACGCUGUUUGCGGUCCGCAUCUUGACUAUCGCCUUCAACAAGUUGCGUGCUGUCUUGAAGAUCUUCAACGCCGACCACGGCUCUAGCCAGACAUUUUGGAAUCAGGCUACGGACAAAUUGGUUGCGGAGUUCUGUCGCCGCUGUCCUGCUAUGAAGGAUGUUAUUCUCUUGUACAGGAGAACGGAUAAGGAUGAUUUGUCGCAACAGGAAGCUGUUGCGGAGCUGUUGGCUUGCUUCUACGAGGUUGUUCCGGACAUUGCAUUGGAAGAACUUUUUGAUGUUUCACUGGUUUUGGUCGAUAUCUUGAAGCGGUUGGGAACGCCAGAUCUUAAUUCGGAUGACUCUGAAUCGUUACUUGGCCAGUUACAGAGCGCCCUCAAGAUAGCGCAACAGUCUGCAUCUAUACGUUGGUGGCAACAACCAGCGUCGAUGCAGUAUUCAGCAUUUACUUCGAUCUUCAAGGUUUUCGUUGAUGCUGCGGACAAAGAUUCAUUGCAAGAGAUUGAAAACCUGCUGAGUGCGGUGCUCGUGGAGAACUCUGUCCUUCAGAGCUCCCCGAAAUCCUUUGCUUCCCUUCUGUCGAGCUUCGAAAAGUCGGAGCAACUCCCUAGCCAAUUAGCAUUCUUUGAUAACUGCGUUUGCCGAUCGGCGAAGAAGCCUGUCCAUUACCAAGACUUGAUUGGGUCUAUGUCAGCAGAGGCGGGCUCUGUUAGUGCUUUGUUUGCUGCUAUCUCUGAACAAUGGCCGUUUGUGGUCAAAACUGGGGAUGCUGCUGCGGAAGCUGCUGUUGGUUCUUGGAUCGCCAGAGCUCUCGGGAAAUUCAGGCAGGCCGGAGAAGACACCAAGGUAUUGAGAUCUGUUCGAGACAGCUGCAUGGAAGCUACUGAGAAUAAAAAGGUUAAGUCAAUUCUGAAGAAGGCAUUGAAGUCUGCUGAAGAGUCUGAUGAUGAAGACACAACCACCAAAAAGCAGAGCAAGUCUACGCAGGAAGCCUCUCAGAUGCCAGCGGGUCAAGAGCAGAAGACGGAUCUGGAAGACAUUUUUGGCGCCCUGCCUACUGAAGGCACCACCCACAAUGCGCUCCAGCGGUGGGAGAAGGAAGACCUUGAAGUAUCAGUUGAGCAGGGCCGCAUCGCGGAGCUCAUGCUUUGUCUUUGCUCUGAGCAUGAAGAGGUUCGGAGACAAGCAUUCACGAAUCUUUCUCGGUUCAUGAUGAAGCUUAAGGAUUCUAAGUAUGUCGAGUGGCGUUCAGUUUACAUCUUGACUGGUGAACUUCUUGAAACUGUCCGACAGCUUGGUUUCGAAGCGCCCGUCCCCUGGGUAGUAGGCGAGUGUGCGUCCAGCUGCUUGUCUGUCCUGACAAAUCCCAUGCACAAGCUGUAUGGAAAGGUCAACAAGUUCCUCCAGAAAGCACCGUAUUGGGAGGUGGAGAAGAUUGCUACAUAUUGGGUAGACAAGAUCUUGCUACAUGAACCCGAGUUGGAUGACGGGUAUUUUGAGGAGAUCAAUUGGCUUCUUGAUUUGUUUGUCAAGGGUCUCCGGACAGGAGCGGACAUGGAAAUCUACCGUCGUGCUAAUGUCUUCGAACGACUCCUCUCUUUCUACGAGUCACCCAGCGCCGGGUUCUCCGCAAAGAGACGAAUCUUGCAUCUGCUUUACCGAUCGACCCAGGUCGGAGGAAGCACGACGUUGAUCACCCGAGCCGCUGUUGUGAGCUGGAUCCAGAGCCAGAUCGUGGGCGUUGGAAAUGCGCGAGAUGUGUCCACCAUUUCUGCACUCGCUGAAGUAGUGGGCAAAUCCUCGGACCAUGAACGAGUGGACAAGUGGAGUGGAGGAGCGUUGAUGCAGGCUGUUGAGAAUAUUGCAGGAUAG